GUAGUGGGUUUGAUCUGAUUCCAAUUCCGUCGCUGAUAAUGCCCUCUUCGAAAGAUUCGUGUUAAAAGAGACCUGAAAAUGAUGAAUUUUGUUUCUCUCUGUGACAUAAAUUAUGGGUUUGUGCCCAAAAAGUCAACUGAUUUGUUUGUGAAACAGAAAAUUCACAAGCUUCCCAGCAGAGGAGAUGUAAUCACAAGAUUACCGGUGUUUAGUUCAAAUGCAUGGGAGAAUCUGAAUGCUAAAACAAGAAGUAACCUUAAAGUUGGGCCAAUCUUUUGUAAGAGUUAUGGAGAUACAUCAAAAGUUUACCAAGAAGAGGAAAUUCCCAGAGAAAAAUUGAUAUGGAGAGCAAUCAAACUACCAAUGUACUCUGUCGCUUUAGUUCCUCUUACCGUUGGCGCUUCAGCGGCAUAUUUAGAGACGGGUUUGUUCCUAGCUAGACGUUAUGUUACUCUAAUGCUCUUAUCAAUUCUUAUCAUUACUUGGCUCAACCUAAGUAAUGAUGUUUAUGAUUUUGAUACUGGAGCUGAUAAGAACAAAAAGGAAUCAGUAGUAAAUCUGGUUGGAAGCCGGACAGGAACCUUAGCCGCUGCAAUCACAUCGCUCGUACUUGGUGUUUCUGGUCUAGUUUGGACAUCUUUGAAUGCAAGUAAUAUCCGUGCAAUACUAUUACUGGCAUCGGCAAUACUAUGCGGCUAUGUAUACCAGUGUCCGCCAUUUCGGUUAAGUUACCAAGGAUUAGGAGAGCCUCUAUGCUUUGCAGCAUUUGGUCCAUUUGCUACUACUGCUUUUUAUCUACUUCUUGGUAGCUCAAGCGAGAUGAGGCAUCUUCCAUUAAGCGGUAGGGUCCUUUCCUCAUCUCUCCUUGUUGGUUUUACUACAUCUCUCAUCCUUUUCUGCAGCCACUUUCAUCAGGUGGAUGGAGAUUUAGCUGUGGGGAAAUAUUCACCUAUGGUUCGGUUAGGGACUGAAAAAGGAGCUUUUGUUGUGAGAUGGGCUAUUCGUUUGCUAUAUUCAAUGCUUCUAGUUCUUGGUUUAAGCAGGAUUUUGCCACUACCUUGCACAUUGAUGUGUUUCCUGACAUUACCAAUUGGGAAUUUGGUUUCAAGCUAUGUCGAAAAGCACCACAAGGAUAAUGGGAAGAUAUUCAUGGCCAAGUAUUACUGUGUGAGACUCCACGCAUUGUUUGGAGCCGCAUUGUCGUUGGGACUAGUUAUCGCUCGCUAGAUUUCACUUACCAAACAUUUGUUUAAUUUUUCUCUUUUUCCAAAAUUAAAUAAACCUUUACUUAUGAG